AUGGACAGUACAAGGGCCCCAGCUCCUGUGCAGGCCGAGGACAGGCUGCCAGGAGAGCUGGGGCGGGCGCCUGCUUGGGUCACCGGCCUGGAAAUGGAGCUUCCCUCGGUUCUGGCACUGCAUGAGAAGCAGCAGCUGCAGAUCUCCAAGGAACUGGUAGACCAGCAGAUCUCAGCCAACUCCCUACGGAAACAGCAGGAAGCGGAGAUGUUUGAGCUCAGGAGUGAGGUCCUGCAGCUGGAGAGCCGGGUGCUGGAGUUGGAGCGCCCCAGGAAGCACAGCAGCCUGGCAGAGGUGCAGCUAGGGGGCCCCCACAGGAAGGAACACCAUGAAGAAGACAAAGACCAGGAAGUGUGGCAAGCGCGAACGCAAGCACUGGAAAGACAAGUGGCAGUGCUGGGCAAACAGCUGCAGGGGGCCCACGAGGCGGCCAGGGUAGCAGGGCAGCGCCUGGCUGCACAAGCUGUGGUGCUGUCAACCUACCAGGUCCAGCUCCAGCAGGCCGAGGCUGAGAACAGCCGGCUGCAGCUACAAGUGAAACUGCUCCACGAGGAGUGCGCCUUUUGCCUGCAACGCUGCGCCCGCAGGGCUGCUGAGCUUUCAGGGGGCACAGGCCAGCCACCUGAAGUUGCUGCACUGCGGGCCUUCCUGGAGGGAAGCUUGGAAGACAUCAGAGCGGCUCACCGAGGCCGGGAGCAGCAGCUGGCUCGGGCUGCCCGGGCCUACCGCAAGCGCCUGACGGACUUGAACCACAGACACCAGGAGCUGCUAGCUGUGCACAGGGGCCUGGAUACGGUGUCUUGGGCCUACAUCAACCAGAGGCUCCGGGAUUUCUCUCAGGGCAUGCAGGCAGAGCUGGAACGUGAGCGUGCACAGCUGCUGGUCAGGGCUGCCACGGCUGAGGAGCAACUCACAGAGCUCCAGGAAUACGUGGACCAACACCUGGGCAGAUACAGGCUGGAGAUCCUGCGACUCAAGGCCCUGGUGGGCACGAGGGACCCUGGGGAACAGGAAGUUUCACUCCCAGGGAAGCCCCAGCGCCUGAAGACCCACAGCCACAAAUGA